AUGGUUUCUCCCGCGGUUUUCAUCCUGGCAUCGACAUUCUUCCGGACACUUCACAUUCCUGCCAGUCUCCAGUCCGCUCUUAGGGAACCGGAUAUCAUGGACUCCCUGCUGGCUGAAGAGGUCAGGCAGGGAUUCAUGAUCGGCCCAUUCGACAGUCCCCCCUUCCCCGUGUUUCGCGUCAGCCCGUUAGGCGUGGCCACUCGGAAAUACUCCGGGAAAAAGAGGCUCAUUAUCGACCUCUCUUCCCCACACGGUUCGCACGUCCCUAGCAUUAACAGCGUCAUUCCCGCCCCGGAUUUUUCUAUGCAGUACGCCACAAUCGACCAUGCCAUAACCCUUGUCCGUUUAGCGGGCAUCGGAGCCUGGCUCUCGAAAGCCGACAUAACCAGUGCUUUCAAGAUCCUCCCCAUCCAACCGGAUUUCUGGCGUUACUUUGGGGUACGUUGGAAGGGGGCCUAUUAUUUUGCGGUGCGUCUCACCUUCGGUUGCAGAAGUAGCCCAAAGAUCUUCGACUCCCUUUCUGAGGCACUUUGCUGGGUCCUCACGAACAAUUACAGACUCCCGUACAUUCUCCACCUCCUUGACGAUUUCCUGGUGGUCACGCCGUCGUCCUCACCUCCCAAGUUCGGACUCGUCACCCUCACGAAAGCCUUUGAGGAGCUCGGCGUGCCUCUUUCGGAGGAAAAAACCUCAGGGCCUGGCACCUCCAUCGAGUUCCUCGGCAUCACCCUAGACUCCAUCUCCCUCCAGGCAUCUCUGCCGCAGGAAAAAAUUCAGCGCAUCACUCUGAUUCUCUCCAACUAUCUCUUAGCCGAUAGGUGCACCAAACGCCAGCUGUUGGCUCUCCUCGGUCACCUGAACUACGCAAUCCGCAUAAUUCCUCAGGCCAGGUCUUUCCUCUCUAACCUCCUCACGCAAGCUGCAGCCGUCCCUUCACUUCACGACAGGAUAGUGCUGGACGACGUCUGCAAAAUGGAAAUGCGCAUGUGGCUACAUUUCCUGUCGGCAUGGAACGGCAUCUCGUUUUUCUACAACGAUUUCGUUUCCCGACCCGACGACAUUCAGUUGUACACCGACGCAGCUCCCUCUGUCGGCUUCGGCGGCUUCUACAAAGGGCGUUGGUUCGCAGCCACCUGGCCUCCGGAGUUGAAGUCUCUCGACUCCGAAUCCCGUUCUCCUUCAUCCACUCUUCACGAGCUCUACCCCGUCGUCAUAGCGGCCUUACUUUGGGGGCACGAAUGGUCAAGAAAAUCAAUUCUCAUACACUCCGAUAACACAGCAGUAGUUGAAAUCAUAAACAAGGGCCGAUCUCACUCCCCAGCCAUCAUGCCGUUUCUACGCAGACUCACAUUAAUCUCCGCCCACCAUCAGUUCAUUCUAAGAGCAGCUCACAUUCCAGGAUAUCUCAACACCAUCGCUGACGCACUCUCUCGUUUCUCUUUUCAGAAAUUCAGACAUUUGGCCCCAGAAUCCGAUCCGCAUCCAGUACCAGUCCCACCGUUUUCAGCAACGAUAUUCAGCUAGCUCCACAGCUAGCUAACCUCUCUCUCAUCUCACAAGAAACCAUCCUCAACAGUCUAGCUCCAAGCACUCUCUCCGCUUACCUCACCGGUUGGAACUGUUUCAAAUCAUAUCACUCCACA